GCUGGCUGCCUGUCCACUGAAAAGUGAAGUGUGUUUGACGAAGCAGUGGGUGUCGGACUUUCUCUGUUACUUGUCCUUUCUCCAUUGGUUUCUGUCGUCCUUAUUUUCAUUUUUUAGAUUUUGAGAUUUUUCCAUAGUGAAACCAAACACUGUAGCAAACUUAGAGGAUGUUUUAGAGAAGUUCCUCCAGCGUUUUUUUGAGGAACCGGUGGAAGGCGGAUACCACCGGAGAUGGAUAAGCUAACCUAUAGCUCACUUGUUAGCCGACAGUCAUAGAUCACAGAAUAGACUCGAGCUAGCAUGCUAACAACUGUCUAAUUGAGCAUUUAUCGGGUAACUGAGGCUCUUUACUCACUCCUAGCAUCAGGAUUAUUCUCUGCUAGACUUUGGGUCUUAUUUUUUCACCGUUUUUAGUUUGUCAGAGGCCAGCGAAGUCAGGAAGACUCAAUUUCUGGUCAUAAAAGGAGAACGACGGCGCGGAAUUGUCGAGAAGCGACGGCUAAGUUAUCCCACCAGCUCAGUCAAAUAAGACUGUGGACACUAUGCUGCCUAACGCUCAGAACCAACCACUGUUUCCGAACCCGGCGGGCCAGCAGAACCCCGCGGGCCACUUCCACGCCAGACCCCACCUACAGAUCAAGAAGAACGCCAUAACAGACGAGUACAAGAUCACCGGCCAGGUGCUGGGGCUGGGGAUCAAUGGCAAGGUGGUGGAAAUCUUCCAGAGGAAAACCGGUGACAAAUAUGCGUUAAAGAUGCUGCAGGACUGUCCCAAGGCACGCAGGGAAGUGGAGCUGCACUGGAGGGCGUCCCCAUGCGCUAAUAUUGUGCGCAUCAUUGAUGUUUAUGAGAACCUCUAUCAAAGCAAGAAGUGUCUCCUUAUCGUCAUGGAGUGUAUGGACGGCGGUGAGCUUUUCAGUCGAAUCCAGGACAGAGGAGACCAGGCCUUCACAGAGAAAGAGGCGUCUGAUAUCAUGAAGAGCAUAGGAGAGGCCAUACAAUUCUUACAUGCCAUCAAUAUUGCACACAGAGAUGUGAAGCCAGAGAACUUGCUGUAUUCUUCGAAGAGGCCCAGGGCUCUCCUGAAACUAACAGACUUCGGCUUUGCCAAGGAGACGACCUCACACAACUCUUUAGAUACUCCCUGCUACACACCUUACUACGUUGCUCCAGAGGUUCUUGGCCCAGAGAAGUAUGACAAGUCAUGUGACAUGUGGUCUUUGGGCGUCAUUAUGUAUAUUCUGUUGUGUGGAUACCCUCCUUUUUAUUCUAACCAUGGCUUAGCCAUCUCUCCUGGGAUGAAGAAGAGGAUAAGGAUGGGCCAGUAUGAAUUUCCCAACCCUGAGUGGUCAGAGGUGUCGGAAGAAGCCAAACAGCUGAUCAGGACCCUCCUAAAGACUGAGCCGACCCAAAGGAUGACCAUCACAGAGUUCAUGAAUCAUCCAUGGAUCAAUCAAUCAAUGAAGGUUCCCCAGACCCCACUUCACACCAGUAGGGUUUUAAAGGAGGAGAGGGAUGCAUGGGAGGAAGUCAAGGAGGAAAUGACCAGUGCCUUGGCAACGAUGAGGGUCGACUAUGAGCAAAUCAAAAUCAAGACCAUUGAAGACUCAACCAAUCCACUGCUAACGAAAAGGAGAAAGAAAGCCAACAACCCAAACUCUGCUGCCCACUGAAAGAGUCAGGCUUGCAUGCACAUACAACACAGGUUGAGAGGAGAAAGCAAUAAUUUGUCGACACAAGUCGUACUGCAUGGAUUUUCUCAGUGUUUUAUUUUUCUUGGCAAAAGUUUUGUAAAAGUGUAUUUUUUUCUUCUUUUUUUUUUUUUGUUACUCAACCAUUUUAACAAGCUCAUCACACUGCUGCCUGCAGGGUGAAGAGCGGGUACAUGUAUUUACACCAGAAAAGAGAUUAUGAAAUGCAGGAAAACAGAGGAAAGGGGUGUUUUAGAUCUCUCUCUCAUUCUCUUUUCAAGAUAUCAGAUUGUGCAGUGAGAGAGGCAGCGAUGUUGGAUCACAACAUGAAGCCUUAGCAUUAGUUGUAGUUGAAUAUUUUUCCCCACAGCCCCUUUACCUGUGAAUGUUGUAUCACGUGGCUAAUCCCCAAAAAUCGAGACAAGCGAAGGUUUCUCUCUGUGUACAUGCUAAGCAAGCAGAUGUAUUUUGAACUGACAGGAGGAAUGUAAAGACACUGUCUGUGGGAAUUGGGAAGAAAUGGAUGCUGAUUUCUGGGAUUUGGACAGGAAGUGUCUGUCAGGUUCAGUUUGUCUUUAUGAAUGUUAAACUGAGGCCUAUGCACUCAAACAAGGGAACUGUGCCACUGACACUGCACCUCACUUGUAGCCCUUCUCUCCUUACUAAAUGUGCGCUUGUCAGACAGAGAUGGAGCAAAGAAAGACACCCCAGAAUGACUCUUUCUUUCACAUGUAGCUCACUGGAGAGGAGGCAACAAAUACUGUAUUUUUUCAUGGAUUUUUAUGACCAUUUUAGCCUAGGCCUUACUGAGUAUUGCUUAUUAGCAUAUAGCUUUUAAUCCCUUCUUGGCAUUUGGUUCAAGCUUUUACCAAUGUUUCCCUUCUGAUUUGAAAAUAUCGACGGAUUGUAUGUCAGGUGAAGCCUAUGCAGAUGUUUGUCAGCUUGGAAUACCAUUGAAAUUGUCUUUUUUUAUUAUUAUUUUUGAUUGCAAAUGUGUUGGGAAGAUGUUCUGCAUCAGUAGGAGGGAUUUAUGUAAGGAGCAGCAUCCUGUAUGGUACACACUGGCCCUUUAGAGGUUCUGUUAGAGGGCAAUAAUUAAAUUGAUGUGGAUUUAUGUCACCGCAUGUUCUGCCAUUUUCCUGAAGUUCUGAGUUGAAUUAGAAAGAACUAUGGUGCACAGUCUAAACCACCAGCAGGUUACCACACUGUGUAACUCUUCCUCAAGAGUUCGAUCAAUCUACCAAUACACUUCCUAACUCACUUGGGAUUGUAGAAAAUAAUCAAUUGUCAUUUUGGUCUUGUUACUUUAUAAAAUCACACCCAAGUUACCAAUUGUAUCACAUCUCUCAUAGUGAGAAUGUUUUUUUUUUUGUUGUUGUUUUGGGGUGGGGUUUGCCUUUCCCCAUCGUCCCUCAACUCAUCACAUCUUUGUAGUGGAAGUGCAGAUGUGUGUGUCUUUACCCUCGUCUUUGAGUCUGUUCAGCUCCACCUGACAUUUUUUUGUCUGCUUCAGCUUUGGAUUAAAAAAAACAAAUGUAAAACAAAA